GCACGCCCCCAUUUAUGCCUUCGUAUCUCUCGGAUUUUCUCCUCCCCCCUCCACUCCUCACGAAGACCGUGCCCUUUCUACUCCCCCCUCCAAACCCUAAUCCAUCCCUCUCUAAGUAGAUCUUCCCAUCACCCUCCCCGGGAGGCCAUGAUAUGAGGAGCGGUGGCGAUCACCAGUCGCGGCCUUCGGGCCACCUCACCGCGACCGCCGCCGCCGCCGCCGCCGUCCAUAAAUGGAGAGGAUGGAGGUCCCUCCCGUUUCUUCUCACCCCUCUCCUCUUUCUCCUCGUCCUCACCAUAACCUACUCCACCAUGAACCGGAGCUCUCCUCUCAAACUCCUCCUCUUCUCCUCCUCCCAACCCCUGUCAUCCUUCUCCUCCUCAGAUGAUCCUCUUGAGUCGAGGAAGCGCGAGCUGGAACGGUCGAGAAUGGCGAUUUGCCUCGUCGGCGGCGCAAGGCGGUUUGAGCUCACGGGGCCAUCGAUCAUGAGGAACUUGCUGAGGGAGUACCCGGAUGCCGACUUGUUCCUCCACAGCCCGCUCGAUAAGGAUGCGUACAAGUUUUCUAUUCUGAAGUCGGCGCCGAGGAUCGCCGGCGUUCGGAUCUUCUCCCCCGCCCCAAUCCCCCCAACCGAGUCCCAUACCCAGGUGCUCGCCGCCCGCGACUCCCCCAACGGCAUCCAGGGUUUGUUGCAGUACUUCAACCUGGUAGAAGGCUGCCUGGAGUUGAUAAAAUCCCACGAAUCUCGUGGCAACUUCACCUACGACUGGAUCGUGCGGACGAGGGUGGACAGCUACUGGUCCGGCCCGCUCGAGCCGGCCGCUUUCGAGCGGGGCUCCUAUCUGGUCCCCCCCGGCUCGCAAUACGGCGGCCUCAACGACCGGCUCGGCGUCGGCGACCGGUACACCUCGACGGCCGCCCUCUCCCGUCUCUCCCUCCUCCCCCGCCUCAAAACCGCCGGCUACCGCGGGCUCAACUCCGAGUCCGCCUUCAAAGCCCAGCUGAACACCUCCAACGUCGUGCCUCGGGAGAUGCGGUUGCCGUUCUGCGUGUUGAGCAACCGCCGGUACGGAUUCCCGCCGGGGAGGUACGGCGUGCCGGUGGCGGCGAUAGGGAGCCGGGGCCCGCUGAGCGGGGCCAAGUGCCGGCCCUGCCGGCCGGUCUGCAUGGGCCCAUGCGUCGAGAAGGUGGCGGAGAAGCUGGACCGCUGGUGGAGUUGGACAGAGUGGAGGAAUGGGAGCCUGGAGCUCUGCGAUGCGGCCGGCGGGUGGGAGGAGGGGUGGGAGAAGAUAUUCGAUGAGGUGGCUGGGAACGAGGCGGCGGCGGAGAGGAAGAGGGUGAUGAAGAUGGAUGUGAAGCGCUGCAUCGAGGACUUCGAGGCCAUGAGGAGAAGAACGGUCAGCUGGGCGGCGCCGCCGGCUGAGGAAAUAUGUGUGUUAGGUUUGGGCUGGUUCAACUCCACGUCGAGGAAGUUGGUCACUGCCUAAACUGCGUACUGCACCUAGGUUUGGUAGUCUCUUUCUUUACGGUAUAGAUUUUUUGUUCAUUUUUCUUUGUAUAGAAAUUAAAGAAUAACGAUAUGUCCUUCAUAUCGAAAGAAGAGAAAAAAGUGAUUACUUUUUUGUUUCCAAAUAAAAGAAAAGCUAUUAAUUUUAAUUUUCAGUUUUGAA